UGAGCUAGACAGAGGAUUGCCUGCUGCCGCUUCAGGGAGUUGUUUUUAAUAAAACUAACAUAUUUCCUGCUUUUUUUUUUUUUUUUUCUUCUUCUUCUUCGUGUAACCUAUUUUGGACGCAUUCAAACUCUGCGGGGAAGUAAAUGUUUCUGUUUUUUUGUUGACUGAGUCAAGUGGGGAACUCUUCACUGCAAUUAACUGGUGCGGGUCCGUGUCUGUGUGCUGAGAGCCGGCAGUGUGCGGCGGUCUGCUGAGCCUCCGCCGGACGACUUUACACUAGUUUGUUUGUCUCUGCAGCGCUAACCGGAAUACGUCGGAUAGUACACACACACAGACACACACACACACACCUCCGGAGUGAUUGAGGAGGCUCGUGUCUUUUGGUUUCUCACCUGGUACCGACCUUAACCCGGCUCCCCCCUCCUCCCUCCUCCCCUCCGGCUAAUGAGCCGUUCCCCGUGUUUUUCCGGUUGAUUUACGCCCCGCGCUGCCGCUGGAGCGGAGGAACAGACAACGAGCAGAGGAGCAGAGGAGCAGAGGCGGCGUUUUGUGUGAUUAUUAACGAGAGUUUGGUCGGAACAAUAACCGGCCGAUGGAUCCGAGCCCGUGAUCCGGAGCACCCUACAGCCACACUGCGCCCUCGUUUGAUCCCUUGAAGCGGGGUUUUUUUUCUUCUUCAUACCAAGGAAACGGUUGCAUCCUCCCGGAGACAACAAUGUUUCCCCAGGGGCGACACCCGACGCCCCACCAGGCUCCAGGCCAGCCCUUCAAGUUCACCAUCCCAGAGUCACUGGACCGCAUCAAGGAGGAGUUCCAGUUUCUUCAGGCCCAGUACCACAGCCUCAAGAUGGAGUGUGAGAAGCUGGCCAGUGAAAAGACAGAGAUGCAGAGGCAUUAUGUCAUGUACUAUGAGAUGUCAUAUGGCCUCAACAUCGAAAUGCACAAACAGACUGAGAUUGCCAAGAGACUAAACACCAUCUGUGCACAAGUCAUUCCCUUCCUCUCACAGGAGCAUCAACAGCAAGUGGUCCAAGCUGUGGAGCGAGCCAAACAGGUGACCAUGGCGGAGCUAAAUGCUGUCAUCGGGGUACGUGGACUGCCAGGCCUUCCACCUACACAGCACCUAUCCCAUAACCACAGUGGUGCCCCUGUGCCCCUCACCCCUCACCCUGCCAGCCUCCAUCCCUCCCAGCUGGGUGGUUCAGCUGGUCUCCUGGCUCUAUCGGGAGGACUCGGUGGUAUUCCUCCCCACAUGUUGGGAAAAGAUAGUGGCGAUAAAAAGCCCCACAUGUCCGGAGCAGACUCGCAUCCUUCAGGAGCCGACCACCUGAGAGAACGUGAGCCCGGCACAAGUAACUCAUUGCUGCCAGAAAGUCUUAGGAAUUCCGACAAGCGACGCAACGGACCUGACUUUCCAAACGACACCAAGAAACGCAAGGUUGAGGACAAGGACUCUAGCCACUAUGACAGUGACGGGGAGAAAAGUGAUGAUAAUUUAGUAGUGGAUGUCUCGAAUGAGGAUCCAGCCUCCCCCCGUGGAACGCCUCUCCCCUCCCCUAGAGAAAAUGGCCUGGAUAAAGCACGUCUUCUCAAGAAAGACCCCUGUAGUCCAGCAUCUACUGCAUCAUCAGCCAGCUCCUCCUCCCUCAAGUCCAAAGAGAUGGCAAUGCGAGACAAGGCAGGAACACCUGGACUAAAGUCAAGCACACCCACACCUAGAGGUGACUCCACCCCUGGUCCAAGCUCCACUCCUGGAAUCCGGCCCAGUCUAUCAAAACCCCCAUCCAUGGAGAUACCUCAUCCACCCACUGCAGGUUUGCGGACCCCCCUAGCUGUCCCCGGCCCAUACCCGGGUGCAUUUGGUAUGUUGCCCCAUGCAGCAGGGAUGAACGGGGAGCUGGCAGGGGCAGCCAGCGCUGCGGCCUAUGCUGCUGGGUUGCACAACAUGUCACCUCAGAUGAGUGUUGCUGCCGCAGCCGCUGUGGCUGCGUACGGCCGCUCACCUAUGGUUGGUUUUGAUCCUCAUCCUCACAUGCGAGUUCCUGGAAUGCCUCCCAGUCUGUCAGGAAUCCCUGGUGGCAAACCGGCUUAUUCUUUUCACGUGGCGGCCGAUGGACAGAUGCAGCCGGUACCGUUCCCUCCGGAUGCUUUGGUUGGCCCAGGGAUUCCUCGCCACGCCCGUCAGAUCAACACACUGAACCAUGGGGAAGUGGUGUGCGCCGUUACCAUCAGUAACCCGACCCGACAUGUUUACACAGGAGGGAAGGGUUGCGUCAAGGUCUGGGACAUUAGUCACCCAGGAAACAAGAGCCCAGUGUCGCAGCUUGACUGUCUGAACCGAGACAACUAUAUCCGCUCCUGUCGUCUCCUCCCUGAUGGUCGGACACUGAUUGUUGGAGGUGAAGCGAGCACGCUAUCAAUCUGGGAUUUGGCCACGCCCACUCCCAGGAUUAAGGCAGAGUUAACAUCAUCAGCACCGGCAUGUUACGCUCUGGCCAUUAGCCCGGACUCCAAGGUCUGCUUCUCUUGCUGCAGCGACGGAAACAUUGCGGUCUGGGAUUUACACAAUCAGACGCUAGUUAGGCAGUUCCAGGGCCACACAGAUGGAGCCAGCUGUAUUGACAUCUCCAACGAUGGCACCAAGCUGUGGACCGGAGGCCUCGAUAACACCGUCCGCUCCUGGGAUCUGAGAGAGGGAAGGCAGCUGCAGCAGCAUGACUUUACAUCACAGAUCUUCUCUCUUGGCUACUGUCCGACAGGAGAGUGGCUCGCUGUAGGAAUGGAGAGCAGCAACGUCGAGGUCCUUCACGUCACCAAGCCUGACAAAUACCAGCUCCACCUACACGAGAGCUGUGUACUCUCCCUCCAGUUUGCUUACUGUGGUAAAUGGUUUGUGAGCACAGGAAAGGAUAACUUACUGAAUGCAUGGAGAACGCCCUAUGGAGCCAGCAUAUUCCAGUCUAAAGAAUCUUCUUCGGUGUUAAGCUGUGACAUAUCUGUGGACGACAAGUACAUCGUCACUGGUUCAGGGGACAAGAAGGCCACUGUUUACGAGGUCAUCUACUAAAAUCAUGGAAAGAAAACAAGGACAUUCCUUCCUUUCCACACAGCAGAGAGGUUUCAAGACAUUUUCAAGUGGAGCCAGAAAUCGCAAACACGAGUGACCUUGAUGGCACUUUCUAUUUCUGUUAUAUCUGCCGAGGUGACACAGAAAGGAGACAAACAUUUUACAUGCACACAUCUGUUGUGAUUUUGUUCAUGACUCCAUAUCAGCUGGGAAAUAACUGGAGAAGCUGGAUGUUUAAUGGAAGGAGACGGAAUAUCUGGAUGUUCUUGUCUCUACUGCUUUCUGCUACGGACUGCGAGGGGAACAUUUACAGGGACCAAACAAUGACUGGCACUGCAUUGUUUUGACUGGGACCAGCUCUUUGGGAGAACACUGCACCGAAUAUUAGAUUUUAAAACAAACUUGAUUCAGUGUCAUGACCAGGGGCAGAGACCCUAGAAGGAACACUCAAACCAGGUGGUCGAAUAUGUAAACAAAUGUCAGACGGAAAGAGGAGAAUGUGGACAGAACCUGACAAAAUACUGGAGAGAUGGAGGAGGACAGUGAUUUAAGAACAUGUUGGUUUGUAUUUUGUUGCAGACAGACAAUGCUCAAUGCCUGUUGAUCUCUCAGCUCUGACUCUCUGACCUUAGAACCUCAGCUUGCUGUUCUGAUACGCCUACACUGAAAAGUACCUUUUAUGUCUUGACAGUAAGUCUUAUCCUCAAUAAACUGCACUGUAGUGGUAGAUGUCAACCUACACACUUAGUACACACAAAAACAUAACAGUUUAAAACAUACUGAAGCCAUGUUGACUUGUCUAGCCUCAUGCUACUGUUGAUUUCUCUGAUGGGUUGGUUUGAUCGUCAUGAGAUUGUCAAUUUUUAUAAUUCCUAUCUGUUUCAGAUGCCACCAAAACGUAUUCACGUCCUUUGGAGAAAAAUUAGCUCAAAAGAGAAUUUACUCUCAAUGUUGCUACAGAAAGCUUAACUCCCAGACUUUUCUUUUUGUUCUCUAUUUCCUAUGAUCAGGCUUGAAAGACCAAUUAUUGGAAACCUGAAGGGAAAAAAAAGUUUCAAAGAUUGAAAUAAUCCUCAAUUCUCUUGAUACGUGUUUUCUAGUGUACCUUUUUCUACAGAUUUAUUUCCAAACUUAUAUUUUUUUCACAUAGCUGUACUCCACAAGCAACAUAAGCCUUCAUAAUGUUAUUUCUUUUGUUAACUGUUGAUCCCUGACCCUCUAUACUUGAGCCACAGUGUGUGUCACCAGCUGCAGAUCCCCACCUUCACUUGCGCUUUAACUGAAAAGACCUGAAAACAUUUUAGAGACUCGGUACUGAUCAUUGCUCAGCUGGCUAUAGCUUCAGAUUUACAAACAGUCACUUUGAUACGGUCUUGUUAAAGUUGAGAUAUAACCCUGCUGUUUUAAUGCAGUUCAUUUGACUGUGCCCGCUUUACAAUAAGUUUAUAGGUUGAGGUUAUGAUUAGAAAUAAUAGUCUCAAAGUAUUUUUCCCCUUCAUUUUAAGUGAAGUAACAUUUUCUACCACAUUCACUUAACAAACCUCUUAAAAACAGAUUUUCCUUUUCUUUUAAAAAACUGUCACUUCUUUUUGCUAAUGUUGUUGAAUGUGGGGCAUUUGUGAAAUUGCCUUGAGAAGUACAACUGUGUCAUGUUGUCUUUUUACUUUGCAAAGAAGAUUAAAGACCACAAGCAAGAUUUAGUUAUUAGUCAAAAGUCUUAGAGAGAAAAGCGCAGUUGUCUUUCAGCUUCAGGAAGGACUCAGUCAGUUUCAGCCAUUAAUUUCAUGACCUUAUUUUUGUCUGUUGAAUGUUUGUAAAAAUGUAAAUAUUUUUUUUUUCAUACAGGACAUGCUUUAGAAAUAACAAACUGUUUUUGUACGUCUUUUACAUGGAAAAGAAAUGUCUAAUCAGGAGAAAUACUAAAUGGUCUUAAUGCUAGCUAAUCUAAAAUGAUUAAAAUA